AUGGAUGUCGACUCGAGGAUUCGAGCGUUUCGCUUGAUUGGAUGGAUUUCGGUUGGAGUGAGCACGGUGGCGAUUUUGAGUUUAUGCGUUGCUUUGCCUAUGGUUUAUCAUUAUGUUCAACAUCAACGACACACGAUGCGAGUGAGCUUGGAUCAAUGCAAGAUCACCGCCUCCGAAGUACUCGAUGGUACUCCAAAGCUGAUCGUUCCGUCGAGAAACAGAACAGCCCGUCAAGCGGAUCGUUUUGAAUUUGAGGCACAAUGCGAAGCUUGCUGUACCCCGGGACCUCGUGGUCCACCGGGAUCACCAGGAAAAACAGGACGACCUGGAAAAGCUGGAGCUACAGGACACCCUGGAAACCCUGGCCGACCACCAAAGAAGCCGUGCAAGCAAGAGAUCCCACCAUGUGACUGCAAGGAUAAUCAAGGACCCGCUGGUGAACCUGGACGACCUGGAAUGACUGGAAAUCGAGGCCCACCCGGAAAUCCUGGACCAAAGGGAGCUGAUGGAAACAAUGGAGGUCAAGGUAGAAAAGGUUUCCCUGGUCGUGCUGGUGGUCGUGGACAGCCUGGAGAGCCGGGAAGUCCUGGAGAAAAUGCGCCAAGUUCUCGACCUGAACCUGGUCCACCAGGACCCCCGGGAGACGAUGGAGGAGCUGGAUCUGAGGGACCACCUGGAAGCCCUGGACAACCUGGAGACAGUGGAAAGCAAGGACCACCUGGCCCACCAGGACAAUCAGGAAACCCUGGAAACGAUGGAAAUUCGGGCAGACCUGGCUCUGAUGGAAAACCUGGACAUCAAGGCGAGAAAGGAGUUUGUCCAAAGUAUUGUGCUUUGGAUGGAGGCGUCUUUUUCGAGGAUGGAAGCAGACGA